AGCAGCUUCUUUAUCUGUACUCAGUGACUUCCAACUAAUUGCCUCAUGGUCUGAAUUCUUACAUGCUUCAAGGAUAUUGUGCCAAUUUCUUCAACUUUCUCUAAUUUUGCAGAUUCCAUUUCCCUUUCUUUCUUUUUUGUUCCCUGACUUUCCAUUUUCGCUUUGUUCUUUUCUCUCUUCAUCUUCUUUCUCAUAAUUCCACCAUGUCUGUCAUUGGAGAGGCUGCUCUUUCUGGGUUCCUGGACCUGUUGGUGGGCAAAUCGCUCGACUCUGCACUCAACUUUGUUGCUGAUCACAACCAACUCCACCAGCAGCUCAAGCAGUGGCAGUCCAUAUUGCCUGAUAUCCAAGCAGUGUUGGACGAUGCAGAGGAGAAGCAGAUCAAGAACAUGGGUGUGAAGAAAUGGUUGGAGGAUCUCCAGGACUUGGCUUACGAUGUGGAUGACAUCUUGGACGAGUUCGCUUAUGAAGAGUUUCGCCUCAAUCUCCAAGACACUCAAGCUCAAGCCAGACCUAGUAAGAUACGGAAAUUCAUUCUUGACAGGAUUAUUCGUAGUAUUUUCCCUCCCACUUCUUUUCAGUUUAAGAAUUCCAUGAUCACGAAGGUGAAAGACAUCACUGAUAGACUGAAUAGUUUGACUACUCGAAGAAGUAGUUUGGGGUUGAGUGAGAUUUUGUCUCAUGCUGCAACCUCCAAGGGAAAGCAACCCAGGCUGCAACCAACUUCCGUACUGGAUGGAGUUGUGGAGUAUGUUGGCAGACACAAGGAGAAGACAGAAAUGAUUGAGUUGGUCAAAGGUAAUAACUUGAAUGGAGUUUCAGUCCUUUCCAUCGUGGGCAUGGGAGGGAUGGGUAAAACAACUCUUGCUCAGCUUGUUUACAAUGACGCCACCAUCAACGAGUCUUUUGAUCUCAAGGCCUGGGUAUGCGUUUCUGAUAAUUUUGAUGCAAUUGCUAUAACCGGGACAAUUUUAAAAUCCAUCGAUCCUGACUCUCGUGAUGAGAAUGACUUGAAUUUACUUCAAGUUAAGUUGAAGGAGAAGUUGUCUGGGAAAAGAUUCUUGCUUGUUUUAGAUGACAUUUGGAAGGAGAAUUAUAAUGAUUGGACCAUCUUACGGUCUCCGUUUGGAGCAGGGACCACUAUCAUUGUAACCACUCGUCUUCAAAUUGUUUCAUCUAUUGUGGAUCCGCUCAAAGCUUUUCAUUUGGAAAAGCUAUCAGAUGAUGAUUGUUUAUCCAUAUUUACACAGCAUGCAUUAAAAGCAAGAAAUUUCGAUGGACAUCCCCAGUUCAAAGAAAUUGGAGAGAAAAUUAUUAGAAGGUGCAAUGGCUUACCUUUGGCUGCAAAAGCUAUUGGAAGCUUGCUACUCACACUUAAAUAUCAUGGAGAAUGGGAAAGAAUAUACGAGAGUUGUUAGAAUUAAGUGACCCAAAAUUCUUAUUUAAAUAAAAUACGAUGGAAAAUAAAAUAAAAGUAAAA